UUUGCAAGGAUACAAAAAUGGCGGAAGCUGCUGUUGAACAGCCUCAAAUACGUUUUUACUGUCAUCAAUGCUCUACUGAAAUUCGACCAAACUUACCAGAUUAUACAUGUCCAAACUGCCAAAGUGGUUUCAUUGAAGAAAUAGCAUCGAGGGAGACUGGUACAGAGGAAAGCCAGGAAGAGUCCAUUGAUCCAGCUGCACAGUUUGCUGAGCUGUGGGGUAGAACAUUUUUAGAAAGUUUUCGCCUACAUUCUGGUCAAGAAUCAGGGGGAGGGAGUGCAGACAACAGAACAGCAGAGGAUGGUCCAGAGGAAAGUAACGGCCCAAGUAGUAACACAAGGAAUGCUCAGUCAAGGCAAGUAAUGUUCCCCCCUGCCAGAGUCCAGUUGCGCAGGACCAGAGGACAUAUGGACAGGCAACCACCUGGCAUUGAAAAUAUAAUCCAGCAAUUACUAGGGGGCCUGGCGCAAGGGGCUGUAUUCCAUACAGUGCCAAGUGGUUUCCCUGGGGGUGGAUUUGGAAUGCCUACUAUGUUCAACCUUCAUGGAAACCCAGGAGACUAUGCCUGGGGGGCAGGAGGUCUAGAUGCCAUCAUAACACAGCUCCUCAACCAACUAGAUGGCUCUGGGGCGCCACCUGCUGACAAAGAGAAAAUAGACAGCUUACCAACCAUAGAGAUUUCUAAUAAAGAUAUAGACAAUAGAGUAGAAUGUUCAGUGUGUAUGGAAGAAUUCCAUCUUUCUGAGAAAGUCAGGGUUCUACCUUGUCAGCAUAAAUAUCACACUGACUGCAUAGUUCCCUGGUUAGAAUUGCAUGGCACAUGCCCUGUGUGCAGGAAGGACCUCAAUGGGGAGGACACUAGUACAGAUGAAUUUAUUCCUGAAAUGGACUUAAAUGACAUGGACACUUCAGCCACCAAUUCAGACUCUACCUCUAAUAGACCGCCAAACUAUGAGGAUUAUGAGCAUGAUUAGGCCUGAGUGAGGAAUGUGGCAGUGUAUUUUGGAUUCCUGUAAGCUUGAUGAUGCUAUAUACAUUGGGCCCAGGAGACAAUUUCAGAAUUUUACAGAAUGUUCAUCAAUUUAUUUGAAUGACAAUUUUUGAGAUCUCAGUCUUGGUUUACAGUUUACACCCAAGAGCGAUCCUGAUAACUGUAACUGUGUAAUGAAAUAAUUGAUUGUAUGCUGUAUUAUUGCCAAGCUGGUUCUUUAGCUCUUUAUUUGUCAACAUAAAAUGUCAAGAAUUUAAAAUAUUGACCUAACUUUCGAUUUUGCCAUUUUUUGACAAAUCCAAUGUAUUUUAUAGCUUAACAAUUCUAAAUUCUUUUCUCUCUACUGUAUCAGCAAACAAUUUUUCAAAGAUAUUUGUUAUUAAUUGGACUAUUGAAUUUAUUGCUCCAGUUUGAAUGCAAAAAUCCACAAAUCAAUAUAGUCAAAGAUCAAAUAAUCCCAUGGUUUUAAAGAGCUGUUCAUAAGUCGCGUGUGAAAAUUUGGAGCUUUCUAUCUUUGGCAUAUUUCGAAUGAUUCUGAAAUAUUUUUUUGAAAUUAUCAUCGGGGUCUUAUUGUAUAUAAAACGUUUGUAAAUAGACUAAGUCUGAUUUGUUUAAAAUCAUCACCAACAUCAGUGCAGUUACAAUGCCCUUUAUAUUCCAUGGGCUUUAUAUAUAUUGGGAGCAGAAAAGAAGUUCAUAUAUGCAAGUUCAUUUAUGCAGAUCAUUCUUGCUUCAAAUAUAUACUCCUGUAUCACAUAAAGGAAAGCAUAGGACAGAAGAAAAACUUUUAGUUGUCAGUGUCCUAAUUUUUCUCAAAUAAAAAGAAGAUAUCUGCAUACAAAAUGAGUGGAGGUUAUUAGUUUCACAUUUCACACAAUAUUUUAAACAUUACAUGAAUGAUAAGACUUUCUGGAAGGUAACUCAACAUUCACAACUAUACAUUGCAUAUGCUUAUUCUGUCCAGUCAAUAUAUACUAAGCUGAGUUUAACAAAUCACAUGUUUUGAGUGAAUAAGUGGUUGUGGUAUUUGGCACUAGGGCUGAUUGUCUCAAGAAUGUAAUCUUAUUUUUGCUUGCUUUGAAAAUUGAAAUUGCCAAGAAAUAACUUCGAUUUUGUUAUAUUUACUUUAAUGCAUACUUUUUAGAAUUGUCAGAACUCUAUUCUUCCCAGUAGAUAUCAGUGCACCAAAAAGUCUCUAGGUAGGCAGAGUAAGAUGAAUUUUGAAGUUGUUGUUAGAGCUUAAAUCAGUGUGACCUACCCUAAAAUAGUAACAUCAAUUUCAUGAAACAGAUAAUAAUGCAUACAGUAAUGGAUGUUUUAGAUUAAGGGAUUUGUGUCUGCUAACAAGAACAAGGUAUACAUUAACAAUACACUUGCUUUUACUACUUUAAGAAUGAGGUAUUCUGAGGGUUAGGCCUGUUUAAGUGGAAUGUCUUUUUAGAGUCAAGUCUCUUGAGAAUUUUGAAUUAUAGAGAAUGGGGAAUUGGUCCCCUUCCUUCAAAAUAUCCUGUUCACUAGGCAAUUAGCCUAAACAAAUGCAUCUAACUCUUUAUGUCAUAAGAGAGAUUGUAUUGGUAACUAGUUUACAGCAAUCGUUGAAAACUGUCAUAUAAGUUUACAUGGAAGUCUCUUUAAUGAGUGAGAUAUAGCACUUAUAGGAUAUCAGAAAAACAGACUAAUGAACUAUUCAAUAGUACAUGUACACAUAUUCUGUCUUUAUAUACUUGCUUAGGACUUGGGACACAUUAAACACAAAUAUACAGAAAUCUAAGAGCAAACGUAUGUUCAUGUAUACAUAAAAUUUGAACAACAAACAUUUUAUGAGAGAGGUAUAAAGAACAUGAGUCGUCACAGUAUGGGAAAGGUACCACAAAUACUAUUGUGGUAUUAAGAUGUACUUCGGCCAUGAGCAAUUGUAUUCCUAUCCUGGGAUGGGAGAUAUCUAAGUAUGGCAUGAAAUAUUACCUAAAGUUUAUGUCAUGUAAAUGAAAUAGUAAUAAAUCUUUUUGUAAUAAAUAAAACACAAAAAGUGACUUAUUAUUUCAACAAU